UUUGUUUUGAGUAGAUCCCAAAAGUUGCAGUGCGCAGAGUGUUCCUCUACCUCGUGGUCUAUUCCCAUAGAAAGUGAAUGAGCUUCAUGUACCCGAUUAGUUAGUCAGCUGAAGUAUCUUGUUGUCCCCAUUUCAUUGAUUUUUUUUAUUAUUUGUGGAAAUUAUGACUGGCUUACGAAACAAAGUUGCUGUGAUUGGCGUGUUUGCUUUGGGCUGCUUCAUUACAUUUGUGGUGUUGACUGUUAAAGAUGUUUUUAAGAAUAUAGUGGAAGACCAGAUCAAAGAGCAUACAAAGCUGAAGAUGAACAGUGAGGUAUAUAAGAACUGGAAGGACCCUCCUGUGCCCAUCUAUAUGCAGGUCUUCUUCUUCCAUAUCGAAAACCCAGAGGAAAUACUUAAGGGCAACCAAGCCAUCGUGAGGGAAGUUGGACCCUACACAUACAUGGAGCUCAGACACAGGUCUAACGUGCUACUAUUUGACAACGCCACAAUAUCUGCUACUACUCAGAAAAGCUUUGUAUUCCAGCCAGACAUGUCAGUAGGUGACCCCACAGUCGAUCUCGUUACAACAGUCAACAUUCCCUUUGUCGCUCUGCUGGAAUCGCUAAAGCACAUUGGUAUGGCCCAGAAAAUGUUCAUGUCCUUCUUAUUUGCCUUGAAGAGCAGUACGAUAUUUAAGACUCACAGCGUGGAUGAUCUGCUGUGGGGUUAUGAGGAUCCUCUGCUGAAACUUGGUCACAAGCUACUGCCGAGCAUUUUCCUCGACAGCCGAUUUGGUCUUUUCUAUGGUGCAAAUGGAACAGAUGAUGGAGUGUAUUUAUUUAGCACUGGCAAGAAAAAUUACAUGGAUUUCACCAAAAUAAUAAUGUGGAAAGGACAAAAAUCACUUAGCUGGUGGGCAUCAAAUACCUCCAACAUGAUUAAUGGAACAGAUGGAUCGACCUUCCACCCACUGAUAAAAAAAGAUGAAGCCCUAUACAUUUUUGCUCCUGAUAUUUGCAGGUCUCUGUACUUGAUGUUUGAAAAAGAAGUGAAGGUAAAAGGAAUCAGUGCAUAUCGAUUCACUGUUCCCAAAGAGAUUUUUGCAAUUGACAAUCUCAGUAUCGAAGGAUUUUGCCCAGAGAGGAACUGCUAUCUAUCUGGAGUCCUGAACAUCAGCAUCUGCAAACAAGGAGUUCCUAUCUUCAUAUCAUCUCCUCAUUUUUACAAUGGGGAUGAGAAGUUAGUGAGUGACAUAGUCGGAAUGAAACCUAACAUGGAAACUCACCAAACGUUCCUCGACUUAGAACCGAUGACUGGUAUCCCUGUCAGAGCGGCCAAGAGAAUGCAGCUCAACAUCCACAUCCAGGCUGUGGACUAUAUAGUACAAACUGGUCGAAUAAGGACAAUGAUCUUACCAGUUACCUUUUUAAAUGAGAAUGCUGUGAUCGAUGACAAAUCAGCAGUUAAAUUGAAAUGGGUGCUUCAUAUUAUAAAGGUCCUGGUCUACAUUCCUUACAUUAUCCUAUGGGUUGGAAUCCUGCUUUUCUUGAUCUUUCUUACACUUGCCUUUGUCAUGUGCAGGUGCAAAGAGAAUAAGGAAUAUACACCUGUAACUUUAAAACUGCCGAAUAUCGAAACACGCUGACUUGUAUUGCUGCAAUUACACAGACGUGAUGACUAGAAGUCCAGUCUGAUUACGGAGCUGCAGUAACUUUAUAUUGGAACGGACAAACACAGAGCAUUCAACAGACUGACUGUGAAUUAAUAGAAUCAGUUACCAGUAAUAUUUAUGUGUAUUGUUUUCCAGAUAGUGCAAGUACAGUUACGAAUGGUAUCAGUUUAAAAUAAUAUCAGUUUAAAAUUAACCAAUCAUGUUUCCAAAAUGAAAUAUGAUUGCUAAUGAUUGAAUGCUUGGUACAAACACUUCAAUUUUUUCAUUUUUAAUUGUUUUCCUUAUACGUUUUCUAUAGCUUACACAGUAUUGUCUGUAGUGUCAAGUGUAUUAUGUUUUACACUAAAGCAUCAAUCCAAUGGAAGCAAUAGAUUCUGCCAGGGUUUCAGCAUGUUAGUAAAUGCUCUGACAUU